UUCAUGAAAAAGGUUGAACCGGAGGGUACGUGUCAAUUGCCGGCAGCUAACAAAGCUUUGUUCUUGGAAAAAGUUCGACAAUCGAACGCGGCAUGUCAAAAUGGAGAUUUUGCUACCUCCGUGGCCCUCUACACGGAUGCCCUUUCACUCGAUCCUACGAAUCACAUAUUGUAUUCGAACAGAUCGGCGGCACUCGUCAAAAUGGGAAGGUUCGAACAAGCUCUACAGGAUGCUAUACGAGCCAAAGAACUUAACAGUCAGUGGCCAAAGGCAUACUACAGGCAAGGUGUCGCUUUGCAGUGUCUCGGGAGACACGGUGAAGCUUUAGCCGCUUUUAGCAGCGGUUUAGCACAAGAUUCAUCAAAUACUCAAUUACUCGCCGGUUUAAUCGAAGCAGCCAUGAAAUCUCCAAUGAAAUCUACGCUGGAACCGAUUUUCGAUCAAUUGGAAGCCAUGAAACUGGAUAAAUCUCCUUUUGUUAUAAUAUCGGUCAUCGGUCAAGAGCUUUUAGGUGCCGCACAAUACGCAUCGGCCGUCAUCGUUUUAGAAGCUGCAUUGAGGAUAGGAACGUGUUCGUUAAAAUUACGUGGAAGCGUUUUCAGCGCAUUAAGAUCUGCCUAUUUUAGUAAAGGAAGUUUCAAAGAAGCUUUAACAAGUCAUCGUUACCAAUUAGUCUUGGCUAUGAAGUGUAAAGAUACUCAAGCGGCAGCAUCUGCUCUCACCAGUUUAGGGCACGUGUAUACGGCGAUCGGUGAUUAUCCAAAUGCUCUGGCAUCGCAUAAACAAUGUGUUCAACUAGUUAAACAAAUGGGAGAUAGAUUACAAGAAGCGAGAGAAAUCGGUAACGUCGGUGCCGUUUAUUUAGCUAUGGGAGAAUUCGAGAGUGCUGUGGAUUGUCACACUCAGCAUUUAAGACUGGCUAGAAGACUGGGUAAUCAGGUUGAAGAAGCUCGAGCUUACAGUAAUUUAGGAUCUUCACAUCACUAUAGAAGAAAUUUUCAACAGGCUAUAACGUUUCAUGAAAAUGUACUAAGGAUAGCUCAGGAAUUGGGAGACAAAGCGAUCGAAGCCAGAGCUUAUGCGGGUUUGGGACACGCUGCCAGAUGUGCCGGAGACUACAAUCAGGCCAAAAAAUGGCACGAGAAACAACUGGAUAUGGCUUUGGCGACUCGAGACAAAGUCGGAGAGGGUCGAGCUUGUUCGAAUCUUGGAAUAGUUUAUCAAUUAUUAGGUGAACACAAUGCGGCUUUGAAACUACAUCAAGCGCACUUGAAUAUCGCCAGAGCUUUUCAAGACAGAGCCGGAAUGGGAAGAGCUUUCGGAAACAUGGGCAACGCUCACAGCGCGAUGGGGUUUUACGAGCAAGCAAUCAAAUAUCAUAAACAAGAGUUGACGAUAUCUAAGGAAGUUAACGACAGAAGUUCAGAAGCUUCGACGCAUGGAAACUUAGCGGUGGCAUAUCAAGCUUUAGGAGCACAUGAUAUGGCUUUGGUUCAUUAUAGGGCUCAUUUAAACAUAGCCAGAGAACUGAAAGACACGGCCGGUGAAGCUUGCGCUCUUUUAAACUUGGCAAAUUGUUUAAGCAGUCGUCAGGAAUUUAGUCAAGCGGUGCCUUAUUACGAAAACUACCUGAUGUUGAGUCAGGAACUCCACGAUAUAGAAGGGGAAGCAAAGGCUUGCCAUUUUUUGGGAUACGCUCACUACUGUUUGGGAAACUUUAGAGAAGCCGUACGUUACUACGAUCAAGAUUUGGCACUGGCUAAAGACCUUCAAGAUAAAAUGAAUAUGGGUAGAGGUUAUUGUAAUUUAGGAUUAGCUCAUUUGGCUUUAGGCAAUUUAGAGACCGCUUUGGAAUGUCAAAAAUAUUUUUUGGCCAUAGCACAUAUGACGAAGCACUUACCGGGGAAAUUUAGAGGAUUGGGAAACAUAGGAGACGUUUUAAUUAAAAUGGGAGAUAUUGAAGAAGCCAUUAAAAUGUUUCAAAGGCAGCUUGCGAUAGCGAGACACGGAAGGGAUCGCUCACUGGAAGCAGCUGCCUAUGGUGCUUUAGGUUUAGCCCACCGAAUGCUAAGAUGUUACGAUAAAGCUCUCGGCUAUCAUACUCAGGAAUUGUCCUUAAGACAAGAAAUGGGAGAACUCAAAGGAGAAUGCAGAGCCCAUGGUAACUUGGGGGCAGUUCACAUGGCCCUCGCAAACUACACCCAUGCCAUUAAAUGUUAUCAAGAACAAUUAGAACGUGCUAAUGAAUUGAAAGAUUCCGGGGUUCAAGCUCAAGCCUUUGGUAAUUUAGGAAUCGCCAGACUUAAUAUGGGCCACUACGAAGAUGCCAUCGGUUAUUUUGAGCAACAGUUGGCAACCCUAGAACAAUUGUCGACGACGACGGCAUUACUCGAUAAAGGGAGAGCUUUUGAAAAUUUAGGAGACUGCUACGAUGCUUUAGGAGAUUUAGAAGAAGCUGUCAAAUGUCACGAACAGCAUUUAGCCACAGCAUUAAAAUUAAAAUCAUCUAAAGAUCAGGAGAGAGCUUAUAGAGGACUGGGACAUUCUCAUAAAAGACUGGGAAAUUUGCAACAGGCUCUUGUAUGCUUUGAAAAAAGGUUGGUAGUUGCUCAUGAGCUCAAUAGUCCCGAAGCCAAAGCCGUGGCUUACGGUGAUCUAGGCCAUAUACAUAGUACGUUGGGAAAUUUCGAGCAAGCUAUCAAUUGUUUAGAACAUCAGAUAUCAAUUGCCAGAGAACUCAAAGAUAGAUUAGGUGAAGCGGAUGCCGCUUGUGGGUUGGGUCAAGUUUACCAACAAAUGGGAGAACAUUCAACCGCUCUUACAUAUCAUCAAAUGGAACUGACAAUAGCCGAAGAAUUAGAAAUUUUAAGUCUUCAAGCGAGAGCCUAUGGAAAUUUAGGAAUGGUUCAAGAAAGUUUAGGAAAUUUCGAAGAAGCUUUAAGAUAUCAAGAGCAACAUUUGAGUGUUGCCGCACAAACAAACGACAAAUCCGAGAAAACCAUGGCUUAUAGUCGAAUUCAUCAGGCUUUAGGUAAUUCACAUCAAGCCGUGGCUUAUUUUCAACAAGGUUUAGUAUUAGCGGAACAAUUGGGCAGGAGAGAAGAGGAAGCGAAAAUUAGGCAUAGGCUGGGUUUGGCUCUAUGGGGACAUAACGAUUUGGAAGGUUCGCAAAACCAAUUGGAAAGAACCGUACAAUUAUUAGAAAGUAUACGACGAGAAGCCACCGGUAUAAAUGAUUAUAAAUUAUCGCUGUUUGAUUUGCAAACAGCCAGUUACCAAGCAUUACAGAGAGUUUUAGUGGCUCUGAAUAAACAAGAAGAAGCACUUUUAAUAGCGGAAAGAGGAAGAACGAGAGCAUUUGUUGAUUUGAUGAUGGAACGACAAACACCGCAGAGAGGUUUAAGAAUGGAUGACAACGUUAUUAAUUCGGUUGUAAAUAAGCAGAAAGCUUCGGUAUUAUAUUACAGUUUAGCAGCCGGUUAUCUCUACGCUUGGUGCAUCGCCCCCAACAAGGUUGCCAUAACGGAAAACGAUCCGGAUCGUGAAGAAGUGGAAAGACUGGAUGCCAUGACAUCGAGCGGAUCAUUAUUAGAACAUUACAUACAAAGCGUUCGAGAUAGUUUAGGUGUGGAAUUUCACACGGAAAAGGGUAACGAAGACGGUACGGGAGAAGGUUGGCCCCAGCAAUGUUUGGAAGAAUUAAACGACAGAAUAAAUCCCGAAGUGGAUAAAACAGGAUUUUUAAGAAUGGUCAAUCGUAAUCAUUUAUUUAAUUCUAGUAAUUACAGCUUGAGUAGUUUAUUCAGUUUGGGAAGCGUCGGAGGAAGUGUUAUAAGCGGUUCGGCCAGUCGACCUGGCAGUACGAUAUCCAGAAGGCCCCCCAGACAGUCUUGGCAGGGACCUCAGUGUCUUUUUGCUUUGUAUCAAUUACUAAUAGCACCUUUUGAAGAUGUUUUGCCGACAUCUUGCUCCUCAAAAAAUUCCGGACCCCAACGUGAAUUGCUUCUAGUACUUGAAGGUGACCUUUAUUUGGUACCCUUUCCCGUUCUCAGACCUCAAUCCACGGACAAUACAUCGGAUUAUUUGUGUGAAAGGUUUUCAUUGCUUGUCAUUCCAUCACUCACCAGCUUAAAAUUAAACCAAAGAAACGCUAAACUUGCAUUAAAAAAUAAUAAGCAGGUGGGUGGGAUGAUUCGAAAUCCUAGACUUCCAGUUUCAGUGACGGAACAAUGGGGAUGGAAUGCCAUACCUUAUGCCGAACAAGAAGCCGAAAUGGUUGCUGAAAUGCUUCACACGAAACCUUUAAUUGGUUCACAGGCGAGCAAGGAAGCCGUUCUUUGUCAAAUCGGAGAUGCAGAAUGCGUUCAUUUUGCGACUCACGUUUCAUGGAAAUUAUCCGCAAUUGUUUUGGCUCCGGAAGAAGCUAUAGAAUCACAGCCUUCUUCUACAAGAUGUUAUAAACUACCUAAUUUGUCGGAACUUUUGCUGACCGCAGCUGAUCUCUUAAAUAUCCGUCUUUCGGCACGUUUAGUAGUGAUCAGUUCUUGUCACACGCGAGAUCAUCACGGUUGGGCUGCUACCGAUGGUGUCGUCGGUCUUACAAGAGCUUUAUUAGCCGCUGGAGCUCAGUGCGUUCUCGUUUCCUUGUGGCCCGUUCCCGACACGGCUACUAAAAUUUUACUAAAAGCUUUUUACUCAGCUUUGCUCCAGGGGUAUCGAGUCAGCCGGGCAUUAACCGAAGCUAUGCAAACCGUUCAACACACGAAACAUUUCGCUCAUCCUGCAAAUUGGGCAGGAUUUAUGCUUGUAGGAGCUGACGUACGUUUAUCAACGAAAGUAGCAUUGAUGGGACAAGCACUUUGUGAAUUACUAAAAGCUCCAGACAGAUGCAGGGAUGCUCUUAGAGUUUCGUUACAUUUGGUUGAGAAAUCGUUGCAAAGAAUUCAUAAAGGACAAAAGAACGCCAUGUAUACUACACAAAAAUCAAUUGAAAAUAAAGUUGGGUCCGUGAACGGAUGGCGGGAAUUAUUAAUGUCCGUCGGAUUCCGUUUCGAACCCGCAGCAAAUGGUAUUCCUAGUUCUGUUUUCUUUCCUCAAAGUGAUCCCGAUGAACGAUUAACUCAAUGCAGUGCAAGUCUUCAAGCUCUUUUAGGUCUGAAUGGUACAUCACUUUUCGCAUUGUCCAAAUUAAUUUCUAAUAUAGAAGUAGCAGACGACAUCAUAGAAGUUAUAAGAGGUGUUUGCGCACAGUUUGCAAUGAAAAGCAUUGAAAACGAAUGCGUCGAAAUUCCAAUCAGCGUCGGAGUUUGGAGAGUUCCGGGUUGUCACGAGCUACUUGCCAGUUUAGGUUUUGACCUUAUGGAAGUUGGUCAAGAUCAAGUCACCCUCCGAACGAGUAAAACGGCGAACCGAAGAAACAUUCAUUUCAGUUUAAGUCUUGACUCAUCAAGUUCUCUCGAAAGUUUAACAUCGUUGGAUAACGUAGAAAGUCGUCCGAGAUCACCUCAGGGCACGGCUCCACCACCUCCACUUCCGUUUGUUCCGAACAGGCCAAUAUUGCCGGGUAAGUUCAACUUUCUUCGUGGAACUGGAGGAGCGUUUACAUCUUACGUGAGAAGACGAGGAGAACCGGAUGGAAGAACUGCUUCUUCUGCCGAAAAUAAUGUUUUGCCAUCCACUCUUACAUCGAGUUCAAACACUUUGAGCAGUCGAACGGAAAGCAGUAUAGUGAAUUCCAAAAUCACAAGACCUGGAGGAGGAGGUGAAAGUGAUGCCGCUUUUACUCCAAGUCCUCCCGUUGAUACUUCGCCAUGUUUGGCGACUCUCAUGUUGGCUCAUCAAAAGAAAAUUAGAAAUACAUACAGUACGGAUAACAAUCCCGAAGGUACCGAUAAAUCAUCUAACAUUUUUAUUUUGUUCGUUACAGGAAUGAUGAAUCAUUAUCACGGAAGACCGGAUUCUUCGAGUUCAGCGAGUAGUGCGACCGACUGGGAAGGCAACGGUCAUGGUACCAUACUGAGAAAAGGUCAAAUUCCACCCGUGCCACUGCCUCAGAUUCCUCCGGUUAAAAAACAAUCAUGUGAAUCACAUUUUAAUUCGUUGUCCUAUUCCAACAAUCAGAAUAUAUUAGAUUCCGAAGUCGGGUCUCACCGUAGUAACACUGGCACGAAAAGACAGCAAAGUUCAAUAAACGUCCUCGACAGGUUGAACGUCAGAGCGGAUUUGAAUUUGAAUAACGAAGAAGGUAUCAUGACUUCCGGUAAGGGAUUGUAUUAUUUUCCAGCGGAUGAAGAAUCGGAAAUAACACCGGUAAAAGGUUUAGACGAGAAAUUAAACGCGAAUAAAAAAACGAGCGACGUUUCGAAUCCGACAAUUCAAGAUCAAAUCAUAGCAACCCAACUGAGAAGGCUCAACAGAGAAUUGACGCCGACAAUCUCAGACGUUUACCACGAAAGAAACAUUGGAUUGGGAUUGGCACCGCCGCUUUCCAAAUUACUUAUAUCCAAUCAAACGAAUAACGGAAAUUUCAGAAAUGAAAACGACGGGGAUUUCCAAAUUCAAAAUCUGGAUAAAAUAAUGACGGCGGAAGAAACGGACGAGGAUAACAUGGAAGACGUCGGAAAAGGGCCGUGGCUCUCGAAAAGCAAUUUGAACCUACACGCAAACAACACGGAGAACAUAAUGAUGAACUCUUUGAUAUCGAACGAUAAGAAAAAUAACGGGGGAGGUUCACCGUGUAGCGAAUUGAGCAAAAGAGACGAAGGAGAUGGAAGAUCCGUCGCGGAUUCUCAAUGCAGCAUGAGCAGUUUUAAAAAAACGGUCGUUUUAACGACGAGAAAUGAAAAAAACGAUUCCAACAAUGACGAUGGCAUUUAUUACGAAGAAGAUGGAAACGAUGAAAAUUUGCUACGAAAUGAAAUGAAUUCGGAAUUGAAUAAUAAAGUUCCGAUACCGAGAACGAGAACUAAUAAAGGACCACCGCCACCGGUGCCAACAACGCGAAAUAAAAUAAAUAAUUAA